AUGGCUUCUAUUGUUAGUCACCACCACCACCACCACCAAGGGUCAACAUCACCGGCACCACCACAGAAACGAAUUCGAAAACUUCCACCAGAAAAGAGACAAAAGGUUUCAACUGCAUGUGAUUCGUGCAAAAAACGGAAAUUUAAAUGCACAGGAUCAAAUCCAUGUGACCUAUGUGUAAGGAAGGGAUACGAAUGUACAUACACUGUCAUUGAUAAACGAUCACUAAAAAGCGAACGAUUACAAAGACUAAAAGAACAAAAACGAUUACAGGAAGAAAUACAGGCUAAAGGAGGAUCAGUGGUACAGAGUGGGUCAGAGGGCAAGGCUGAGUCCAACUAUGUACAUCAUACACCACAACAAAACAAGUUUCAACAGCCAGAGUUUAUUCCCCUUCCCUAUCUCCAGCAACAGAGACCUCAAGCUCCUCAACAACAGCCAUCUUUCGCUGGGAUAUAUGAAGCAGCACAGCAACAACAACAGCAUCAGCCAUAUCCUAAACAACAAAUUACUCCACCAGAUGCACCUCCAUAUCAGCUGCCACAGCAACAGGUGCCACAAUACCAACAACACCAGCAAUACCAAGCUCCUCCCAAUUUUCAACAACCACCACCACCUCCUCCUCCCCCUCAUCAACAUCAACAUCAACAAUAUCCACCUUAUCAUCAAUUCCAAAGAGCAUCUGUCCCAAUUUCUCCCAACUACCCACCGCAACCAUAUCCUCACCAGGGGUUUCAACCAUAUAGCUCCGAUCCAAGACCAGUAUACCAAGGUGGGCCUUCACAUCCACCUCCAGAUUAUCCACCAUACAACCAAGCCCCAUUUUACGGGCCACCUGGCCACCAAUUUCCACCAGGGUCACAGCUACCACACCCUGUUGCAGCACCUGCAGCACUGCAAUCUCCACCAAUACCACCAUCGCAACAACGUUCUUUGCUGGUGAAUUAUCAGCAUGAGACACAGCAGGCUAGUCAAUAUGAGCACGAACAUCAACCACUACCUUCUUGUCCAUUAAACAAGAAAUUUAACCUUGAGACUUCGUCAAAAGAAGAUGUCCCCGAAGACAAGAAACAUUUGGUAACCCAAUCGUCACCAUCUGGCAAAAACGAACUUGACACUCCACACCAAGAUGCUGGGAUUCCAACCCCAAACUCGCCAGCAUCCAACUUGGCUGAAAAGUCUGUCGCCAGUUCUAUACCCAAGUUCCUUCAACCAUUGCUCUCUUUCUCACUGAUCCUUACAAAGAAAAGAAGCACCAGAGCUUUUGGACAAACUUUAGGCGAAGAUGAGGCCAGUGAGGGAACGACAACGCCAAACAAGAAAAGGAAAAAUAAAGACAAGAAUACUACGGCCCUCAAAUUGAAUAGCCAAGACGAGGCAAAUGCUGUUAUUGACGAAGAAAUUGCCAAUGAGAUUUCCGGCGAGAUUGAUUCGCUUGAAUCUAAAGAUGGAGUUUCAAAUCAAGCAGGCAAGAGCUGCAUUUUGUUGAAUGACAAAUCUGGUACAUUUAGAUAUAUGGGUGAAACCAGUCCCCUUUCAGUAUUGUAUGAAACCAGAAAUAUAUUUUAUCAAUAUGUGGGAAAGACGAAAUUGACGGAGGAUUUACGCGGAUGUCCCGUGGUUGAUAAACCACUUAAAUUGACUGCUGAAGUUGUGAUGCAAUUGCCUGCACCAGAUGAAAGAGACGUUUAUAUUACACAAUUUAAACGCAAUAUUAAUGACACUUUUUUCGUUUAUGAUUUGGACAAAUUUUAUUCCGACAUUGUCGACCGAGUGUACCUGGAUCCUAUAAAUGUUGAAAAUGAAACCAAAUUAGUCCAGUUAUACUUUGUUUUAGCCAUUGGUGCAACUUAUUUUUCGUUUAGUAACAAGGACCCACAACCAACAUUGGGUGCACAAUAUUUCGAAUCGGGUCUUCUAAUACUCAAGUCACUUGUUGAAGACUCUGAAAUGUGGUGUGUGCUCGCCCAUUAUUUGCAGUUCCACUAUUACCAAUCGAUAUUAAAGAAAUCGACGGCAUGGAUUCAUUUAAAUUUAGCUAUCAAAUUUGCUCAGUCUCUUGGAUUACACCGAAAUUUUGUUAAUGAGCAAUUUUCCAACCUAACUGAUGAAUGCGAGUAUAGAAAACGUAUUUUCCGCAGUCUUUACUCGAGCGAUCGAAUCUCGUCAGUAUUCAUUGGCCGACCAUUGGCGAUUAAUGAUUAUGAUUGGGAUGACCCCACAAGGUAUAAGCUGUCGAAAACCUUGAUUUCAUCAAGUCUUAAUUUCAACGCAAAGUGUCAAAUUGAGUUGGCACGAAUCAGUCAUUUGAUUGGUAAAAUUGUCGCAAAUUUUUACCAAAAUAGGAUUAUUGAUAUCAAUAGAACCAAGAAUUUAGCCGUGCAAUUAAAACUAUGGUCUAAAGACCUUGACCUGUUAUUGUCAGUUGAAAAUCUAUUCAAGCCGCACGAGAUCACGCAUAAUGAAGAUGGUGGUAAUACCCAAAUCGUAUUAAUGAUGCAUUUAUUACAAUUGUUUGCCAUUAUGUUACUUUGUCGACCAUUUUUCUUGUAUGAUGCUGUUUCUCAAGUUAAUGCUACUUUCCCCAAGACCAUUACAUUAAAGGACAAGUCAUCGUCACGGCAAUUUAUUCAUGCAGCUACAAAAGCAUCGAUAUUAGCCGUCAAAUUAAUGAAUCACUAUAUAAAUACUUCAUUUAAAGAAGUAAAACGGAUGGAAUGUUAUAUCAUUAUAACUUGCUGUUUCUACAGUUCUAUAUUUAUUGGAAUCAGUAUUUUGAAUGGAGGAUAUCAAUUUGAUGACGAUGAUGAUGAGGGACAGGGAGAUGGAGAUGGAGAUGGAGAAGAAGGAGGUGGAAGGUAUACUGAAACAGAAAUGAUGAAUUUACUAAGAAAUGCGGUGUACAUUUUAAAUCAUUAUUCAACUUGUAAUAAAGGUGCAGAAAGGUAUGCCGAAAUUGGAAGCGAUUUGAUUGAUGCUUUGGCAGAUAGGCAUAAACACAAUUCAACUACAGACAAGCUGGAAGCUGAUAGUGCUGGUGAAGUCGUUGGGUCAAAUUCGUUGCUUGAUCCUGAAGAAGUUAUGAAUUAUUUCAAUUUCACAGACGAUGCCAAUGCUCAAGAUUUGCGAAACUUGAUUGAUUUCCAGCAAUUUUUCGUAUCGCUGGAUAUCACUGGUGGGUCUAUUUUUGAUUCGAGCAACAUGCCUUAUGAUUAUGGUAACUAUGAUUUAUUCUUUGGUGAUAAAUACUAG